AUGAAGCAAUUAGGCAUGGGCCUUGUUUACCAAAUAUUCAUGCGUAUAAAGCCAUGCUUUUAUGAGGACAUAGAAGAUCGUCGUGAAGUACCCUGGUUGCUUGAGCAUCCUCACUUUUUGCUACUCUAUGUUCCUGACAACGGCCACACGAAAAUGAAACUUGUAAAUCCUGCCAGUGAUUCGUAUCAUCGAGAACGUAUCAUGGCGAAAAUGGAAAAGCGGACCAAGAGGACUCAGUGGGUGCCGUUGCCACACUAUGCAUUGUCUCAUCUUUGGGGGAUCACCGUAACCAAUAAGCAUCUCUGGGAUAACAUUGGUGACUAUGUGGAUGAUGAAAAGGGGCAACCAGCGGCUCCUGUUUCCAUGCGACCUGAAAAACGUGACACAUUGCUCAAGCUACUUAGACACCAUCCCGACAGCUAUUGGUGGAUUGACGUUUUGUGUGCUCGCACGGAUACGCCUUUGGAUAUUAUGGGGGAUAUCUAUUCUUGGUGUACUGAAUGUAUUGCCAUGAUUGAUUGUGAUCCUGAUAUCAUUCCACAGGUCCAUUCAAGCAUGGGUCAACUACGAGAUACGACAACACUUGAAGAUGAUCGGCAGAGAGAACCAUUUUGGAAGGCGUCCGAGAUGUUAGAUAUUCUGGCACAAUGUCAUUGGUGGAAACGUGUGUGGACAUGGCAGGAAAUGGUAUUACCAGAGACUGUCACCUUGGUAUCUGAAAGGACCCUUCAAUUAUCCACUGCUCAUACCCUGGAUAUUGAUGACCUAGAAACGUUUCCUAUGAAGCUUGAUGACAAUGCCAGGCGUUUUGGAGUUUAUGACGACUGGAACCCCCAUCCGGAUGGUGUGUGUUUGGAAGAAAUUGGGGUAUCACGGAUGAUGAAGAGACAUUUCGGUGAUCCUGAAGUUGAGGCCCUUGCUAUUCGUAGCAUGGUCAAGACUUUUGGGGUAUCUAAUAGGAGGUGCAUGGAUCCUGCUGAUUAUGUGUAUGGUGUCCUCGGCGUACUCAGGAUGUACGUUCCACGCAAGACGGAUCCUGAUGAAGUUUGGAAGCUUUUCUUGGAGAGACUGUCAAGUUACAUAUCAAUAAGCAAUCAUGCGAAACGAUUCGAUUUAGCUACUGCUAGAAAUAUGGCUGAUGUAUACGGGAUUUUGAAGGAGUAA